AUGGUUUUGUACAUUCAGUUACUGUGCUCACAUUAUUGGGAAACAAGUGAUGGUUUUCACUUUCAGUCACUGUUCUCACAUUAUUGGGAAACAAGUGAUGGUUUUCACAUUCAGUCACUGUUCUCACAUUAUUGGGAAACAAGUGAUGGUUUUCACAUUCAGUUACUGUGCUCACAUUAUUGGGAAACAAGUGAUGGUUUUCACUUUCAGUCACUGUUCUCACAUUACUGGGAAACAAGUGAUGGUUUUCACAUUCAGUCACUGUUCUCAUUUACUGGGGAAACAAGUGAUGGUUUUCAUUUUCAGUCACUGUUCUCACGUUAUUGGGGAAAACAAUCACUGUUCUCACAUUAUUGGGAAACAAGUGAUGGUUUUCACAUUCAGUCACUGUUCUCACAUUAUUGGGAAACAAGUGAUGGUUUUCACUUUCAGUCACUGUUCUCACAUUACUGGGAAACAAGUGAUGGUUUUCACAUUCAGUCACUGUUCUCACAUUAUUGGGAAACAAGUGAUGGUUUUCACAUUCAGUCACUGUUCUCACAUUAUUGGGAAACAAGUGAUGGUUUUCACUUUCAGUCACUGUUCUCACAUUAUUGGGAAACAAGUGAUGGUUUUCACAUUCAGUCACUGUUCUCACAUUAUUGGGAAACAAGUGAUGGUUUUCACAUUCAGUCACUGUUCUCACAUUAUUGGGAAACAAGUGAUGGUUUUCACUUUCAGUCACUGUUCUCACAUUAUUGGGAAACAAGUGAUGGUUUUCACAUUCAGUCACUGUUCUCACAUUAUUGGGAAACAAGUGAUGGUUUUCACAUUCAGUCACUGUUCUCACAUUAUUGGGAAACAAGUGAUGGUUUUCACAG